AUGCAUGGUAUGAUUAAUAAUGUAAAACUUGUAUUAGAUCGCCAAGACGAAAUAGAAAACCAAUCAGAUUAUUCUACAACAAGUGACGAAACAAUAGCAUUUAAUAGUACAAAUUCAUAUCGAAAUGAUCAAUUUAAGGAUCAUAAAAAAACCAGCAAACAUCGAAGUCAACAACAAAAAUCCGUUGAUUCAACAGCAGCUGUUAAAACACACACAUCAAAGGCUGCAAUGACAAAUCAUCUUUCUCAAUCGCAAACAACAAAAACAAUAAAUUCACAUUCUAAAUUAGAUGAAUCUUAUCGUCCACCGGUACCAGCACGUCGAACUCGUUCACCUAUUCUUGAUCGAACACCACCUACAAAUUCUGAUAAUGAAGAUAAUGUUGGUAAUCAUACUAAUCGCUUAAUGAGUCCAAAAUCAUCAUUAAUAGUUGAUCAAUCUGAUUCUGAUCGUAAUAUAUCGCAUAGAAUGCAUCAUACAACGAAUGGUACAUUGAAAAUUAAUUCCACUGAUCAUAAUCCACCAUCAACUCGACUAGAAAAUCGUAGCUCACCAAUGCCUAUCUCUCCUGAACGACCAAUUAAAACUACAGAACAAAAAAAUGAAGAUGAUGCAAUGUCCUUUUUCGAUUAG